AUGGCGAAAAUCGAAACCCUCAGCUCUCUCUCGCAGCUCUCAACAACCCUCUCGAAGAAUGUGAUCGUCAUCAUUGACUUCCACGCAACCUGGUGCGGCCCCUGCAAGGCCAUCGCACCCACCUUCGAGUCCCUCGCCGCAAAGCACGCCGCGCCCUCAAAGGUCGCGUUCACAAAGUGCGACGUCGACGCCGCCCAGGAGAUCGCCGCCCAAUACGGCGUCCGAGCAAUGCCCACGUUUCUGAUCUUCAAGAACCGCCAAGAAGUCGCCCGCGUCCAAGGCGCCGACGUCCGUGGCCUCACCACCGCCGUCGAGAAGUACGCCGCCGAGGCCAAGUCUGCGGCCGCCACGUUCGCAACCUCCGGCAAGGGCUACACCCUCGGCUCUAGCUCGGCGUCGGCCGCUGCCAAGAAGCCGGCCUAUGUGAGGGAUGGCCAGGUUGUCGCGGGCGUCCCUGUGGGCGCGCAGAUGCGCGGGUGGGUGAAUGCGGCUGUGGUGUUCCUUGGGCUGUACUUUAUGAGCCUGUUUAGUUUGGAUCCGGUGACCGCGGCAGAGGAGUCGCCGUUUAAUGUCAAUAGGAAGGACAAGGGUCCGGUUGCGCCGGGGGUCGCGGGGAUGGGCGGGCCCGGGAGAAUGGCGCCGGGCGCGACGGGGAGGAGGUUGGGGACUCUGGAUAGCAUCCGUGGGAGUGGUGGCUAA